CCGAUCCGCUUUUUAAACCAUUGGUUUUAACACAUUUAAAAAAAAAAAAUGUUUCUUCUGGUUGACUUAAAAUGGAGUAUGUAACGUGGAGGAACAGGUUUUUCUCCACCAUUCAUUACUGAGGAUGAGGCUGGAAAGGAACAUAUACUUAACCUACUAUGAAAAAUUGCUUAUAGUAUAUUUUCUCUUGAAGGAAUGUUUUCUAAUAAUUGCUAAACCCAAAUUGCUUGGAACACCUGUAUGAAUCAUGCAGGAAAUGCAGAAAACCUUCAACCCCAAAAAAGGUGCCUGAAUUUUUUUUUUAUUUUUUGAGUAAAUUAACUGCUGUAUUAAUAAAAUAAAAGGAGUAUAAAACAGAUCGUGUACAGAUAGAGCAUAUACAUGAUUGGGCAAGCCCGCUUGUCAGGUGCCCUGUACAAAAAGCCCCCAAAGGGCCAAGACAAAAAAACUCUACAUCGAAACAGCUUAAAAAAGGGAAAAGGGGGACAGGAUAGAAACUUGAAAUUGCCUACAAGCCCCGAGGACUGUUAAGGCUUGCGCCUUGCCUAGCUAGAGCGUUGGAACCAACGUUGGCUUUCCUAAAAAUGUGUUUCCAAGUGAUUCUUAAGGUAUUGGACAUAAAAGCUAUUUCGUUGAAGACAUGCUUAAGUCUCCACGGGCAGGGAGCAGCACCGGUAGCCCAAGUGAUUAUGUUUGUAGAGUCGCCAUUAGCAACCAGGUCCGUGUUCCAGCUAGGUUCAAACAUUCGAAGCCCUUCAAGCUAGGCCAGAGCCUCUGCACUGGUAGAAUCAGAUGAGCCAAUGGGUAGGGAGGGAGAAGGAAAGGAGGGUGGAGCCUUCAAAGUUUCUAAAAAUGCCUCCAACACCGGAGGGGCCUGGGUUGUCAAGGGAGCAACCAUCAAAAUUGAGCUUUAUAGGCGCAUCUUCAGGCGGCCUCCACAGAGAAGAACGAGGUUUUCCUUUGGGCCCUGAUGUUCAAGAGGUUAUGCAUGUUGUGGAAGAGGUCGGUAAAAGAGAAGCUUCUGAAGGUACUGUGGUUCUUGGUGCCUGAAUUGUAUAUUUAAAUCAGUGAGCGGCCUGGAUCAGUCAUUGUUUGGAAAAUGACUAUUUUGGUUUGGUGUUCAUAAUGCUGGAAAAGUGAGGUUACUUUGCAAAAUUAUGAUUUUGUCAUGUUUCAGGUUCUUUAUGAUACUUAUACUUAGAUGGUACCUCUUUUUCUUGAGAAAAAUUGACAUUUCGCUUAGAUGGUACUUCGAUAUUCAACUAUUGUACUAGGAGGAAGCUGAUCUUCUACCCAAAGAAAAAAGGUCUGGUUAAGCACAUUCCUGAGAUUCCAAGUCUGAAGAUCCUGCACGACAUAUUAUAUGUUCCAGCAGUGUUUCGAUAUUUCCCACCUAAUUUUAUGUUGGAUAAUCUUAUUCUUCAGAAGUUCAGUUCAUGUAUUAAGAUACUGUGACUCAUCCAUUCUUAUUGGGUUUUUGGAUAACUGCUUGGGUCUUCUGAUUUAGAAGCUUUUCUAGAUGUUGGAAAUGCAUUCAUAAACUACACUAUUCAAUUCUAUUUGUAGCCUUCUCAGCAUGCGCGCACACACACACACGUAUAUGGUUUUAUAUUCAGAAGCCAUCUAAUUGAAGGAAAGAGUUGAUGUUAUCUUUCAAUUGGGUUCUCAUUGUUUCUUGUAGUAAGAUCCUUUGUUCACUCUAUGCUUGUAAAUGUGCAGGUAGGCGAAAGCCUGAACCUGAUGCAUACUUGGAAGUCCUUCAACAUCUUGCAGUUGAUCCAGCAAGUUGUGUCUUCAUUGAUGACAGGGAGACAAACGUAGAGGCUGCAAUAAACACAGGAAUGAAUGGAAUACAUUUCAAAGGUGCAAUGGUGCUUGAACAAGAGCUCUUAGAGUUAGGAAUCGAAACAGGUGGGUUGGAGCCUAGAACCAGAACUGACGUCUCUUCUUUAUCAGAGAAAGAUACGAGGACCUGAUUAAUGAUGUCUUUCAUUGCUGGUUUCGCUAGCUACUUCUGCAAUAAUAAUAAGUUGUUGGGUGGUGAAUAAAUAAUAUUUUGCAAUUAUCGAACACGUCACAUGUGCAAAGUGCUA